AUGGCGGCGGGUUGCGGUGGCCGCAGCAUCGACGGAGUGGCAGCUACUCGCGGUUCAUCGCCUGUGACAGAAACAACAACGCUCAACGGUCAUGCGACCCAUAUAACCAGCGUCACGAGAGGCCACGAGCACUAUGAUGGCGAAAGAUCGGCGUUAGGGGCGGCGAUAAGUCUCGACAGGGCGGCCGGAGGCUCUAACAUAGCGGAUAGAAUAGGAGAAGGAGAAGAAGGCGGUCGAUCAGCGGCUCCAAUCUCCACGGUGGUGAAGGUGCGAUACCGGAAUUCCAGUCGUCUUCGUUCCGAUGUUCUUCCAUUUAAAGAGCAAUCGACAAACCACAAUCAGCAAAAAUCGCACUCUCCUUCUUCUUUGCGUCAAGCACCAGGUUUGAAGAUCCCAAUACGUCAACCUCCAACUGCGAUCCCUCUUUUCUUUCAUCAAAAGAACAUGAAAAAUUUCAUGGAGAAUACUAAGUAUGUUUUAUACAGCUUAGAGGGGGAAUAUGGUCAAUUUUUUGACAUACUUAUAACAAGUUGAUGGGAUUCACUAAGGAGGACAAAUAAGCCCUAAUUUUACUCAUACAUGCUGGAAGAUUGAUAAGUGAUACUAUACACCAGGUUACUGUGCAAAUAUGAUGGAGAGGCUCUUGGUUCACCCUUUCAUGGUUAAUUGCAAUGUGGCUUCAAGGAAUGUACCACAAGGGGCAUGUAUUUGAAUGCAUAUGGACUUUUAGAGUUUUGUGGAUAUUAAAUAACAUUUAAAGUUUGAUACUUUGGUAAACAACAACGAACUUGGCUUUUAAUGUAUUGGCCAACAUAAUAAUAUCCAAAAAUUUUAUGCUAAUAUAUUGUUUUUCCCAAGGAAUGAUUAUGAUUUAUGCAUUGUUUUGAGCACCAUCAACCUUGCAUAUAUUAGUGGUUUAGUUUUUAUUUUUUUCACCUCUACACAUAAUUUAAUACUAGUAAUGAAAUAUUUUAAAUUUACUCUAUUAUUUAUGUUUAAAUGGUUCAAAGAAUGGUAAAUAUAAAAGAAAACAUGGGAAAAGGAAGGAAACUUAAAAAUGACAUGUUUCCUCUUUAUCUAUCUAAUGAUGACGUGUAUACAUACAUUAUUGAUAUAAAUUUAAAUGGUAAUAACAUUUGUCCAUUCAUUUUUUGUAAUUUGGAAUAUAUCAUUUCCAUGUCAUUUCUACGUCUACAUUUAUUAAGUUUUUUAUAAAAAGAAAUAUUUCUAAAAUGGAAGUAUCGAUAGAAACGUAGAAGUUAUUUCAUUUAUUUAUUUAUUUUUAUUUGGCUUUUGCAUUUAAAUUUAGUAGUUGUUUUAGUUUCACCACAAUGUUAUAACUUAUUUAUCUUAUAUAUAAUGUUGAUUUUCCUGUUUUCCUUAUUUUUUAUAUUUAUAAAAAAUUUGAUGUUUCUGUAUUUUAUUCAUAAUGUUGAAAUGUGUUUGUGUCAUAGAAGUAUAGAAGAUGUUAAUAUGUAAGAAGGUUUGAUAUGAUUUACAAAUGUAUUUGUAGAAUUUCUUAUGUUUUAUUUGUUGUUGUAGAGUUUUGCACAUUCAUCCUGAUUGUCAAUGUUUUAUUUGUUGCUAAUCUUUUACUUAUACUAUAAAAUAAUAUCAUUUGUUUACCUAUAACGAC